GGCUGGUGCUGUCUGUGGGUCCUGAACCUGCCCGGGCUGCUCUCUCCUGCCACCGGGAAGGGGGUUGACAUCGCCCACUAUAGGGAGCGAGUCAAGUCCAUGUUUUACCAUGCUUAUAAUAACUACUUGGAAAAUGCCUUCCCAUACGAUGAGCUGCGUCCUUUGACAUGUGAUGGGCAGGAUACUUGGGGAAGUUUUUCUCUCACACUGAUUGAUGCUCUGGAUACUCUACUAAUUUUGGGGAAUGUCUCAGAGUUCCAGAGAGUUGUCAGUGUGCUGCAGGAAGGCGUGAAUUUUGAUAUUGACGUAAAUGCUUCUGUCUUUGAAACCAAUAUCAGAGUGGUUGGUGGCCUCCUGUCUGCUCACUUGCUGUCAAAAAAGGCUGGCAUUAAAGUGGAAGCAGGAUGGCCGUGCUCUGGACCCCUUCUGAGAAUGGCAGAGGAUGCAGCUCGAAAGCUUUUGCCAGCUUUUCAGACCCCAACUGGAAUGCCAUACGGGACAAUUAAUUUGUUACAUGGAGUCAACCCUGGAGAGACCCCGGUGACUUGCACUGCUGGCAUCGGUACAUUUAUAGUAGAAUUUGCUACUUUGAGUCAUCUUACGGGUGAUCCAGUAUUUGAAGAUGUUGCCAGAAAAGCUCUUAAGACCCUUUGGAAAAAUCGGUCUGAGAUUGGUUUGGUGGGUAACCACAUUGAUGUGGUAACUGCCAAAUGGGUGGCUCAGGAUGCUGGCAUUGGAGCCGGAGUAGAUUCCUACUUUGAGUAUCUUGUUAAAGGAGCCAUCCUCUUGCAGGACGAGGAGCUGAUGUCCAUGUUCCUCGAUUAUAACAAAGCCAUAAAGAACUACACAAAAUUUGAUGAUUGGUACCUCUGGGUUCAAAUGUACAAAGGGACAGUCUCGAUGCCAGUCUUCCAGUCCCUUGAGGCUUACUGGCCUGGCUUACAGAGCCUUAUUGGAGACAUAGAUAAUGCAAUGCGAACGUUCCUCAAUUAUUACACUGUUUGGAGACAGUUUGGUGGCCUGCCUGAGUUCUACAACAUUCCCCAGGGCUAUACAGUGGAAAAACGUGAAGGAUACCCACUUAGACCUGAGCUAGUUGAGAGUGCAAUGUAUUUAUAUCGUGCUACGCAAGAUCCUACCCUAUUGGAGCUGGGCAGAGAUGUCGUAGAAGCAAUAGAGAAAAUCAGCAAGGUUGAUUGUGGCUUUGCAACAAUCAAAGAUCUGAGAGAUCACAGAUUGGAUAACCGCAUGGAGUCCUUCUUCUUGGCCGAAACGGUGAAAUAUUUGUAUCUGCUGUUUGACUCAGAUAACUUUAUUCAUAACAAUGGGUCGUCCUUUGAUGUCGUGCUGACACCAUAUGGUGAAUGUGUUCUGGGUGCUGGUGGAUACAUCUUCAAUACGGAAGCUCAUCCAAUAGACCCAGCUGCCCUGCACUGUUGCAGGAAACAAAAGGAAGAGCAGUGGGAAGUGGAAGAUUUAAUGCGGGAAUUCUAUUCUCUGCAGAGAAGCAAGAAGUUCACGUUGAGGAGAACGUCCGAUAAAAGAGGAGGGGAAGGGCAGAAAGACUCUGUAAACCCUUCCUCUGAACGCUGUAAGGAGCAAAUGAACUCUAAACAGAAGGAAAGAAGAAUGCCCCUAUUGAGCUGCCCCAGUCAACCCUUUAACUCAAAAUUAGCAGUUUUAGGGCAGGUCUUCUUGGAUAACACAUGAUUUA